ACGGCAUACACCGUGCCCAUCCUGGCCUUUGCCUUUGUCUGUCACCCAGAGGUCCUGCCUAUCUACAGCGAACUGAAAGAUCGCAGCCGGAAAAAGAUGCAGAAUGUCUCCAACCUGUCCAUCCUGACUAUGCUCACCAUGUACAUGCUGUCAGCGCUGUUUGGAUACCUCACCUUUUAUGACAACGUGGAGGCAGAGCUGCUGCACACCUUCACCAAGGUUUAUAAGUUUGACACCAUGUUGCUGCUGGUGCGUUUGGCUGUUCUCACUGCUGUCACUCUGACUGUCCCCAUCGUGCUGUUCCCUAUCCGCUCCUCCAUCACCACGCUGAUGUUCAGCGGUCGAGAGUUCAGCUGGACUCGCCACAUGCUGAUUGCCGCCGCCAUCCUGGCCUUCAACAACAUGCUGGUCAUCUUCGUCCCCACCAUCAGAGACAUCUUCGGCUUCAUCGGUUCCUCUGCAGCCACUAUGCUCAUCUUCAUCCUACCUGCUGCCUUUUACCUCCGCCUGGUAAAAUCAGUGCCGUUCCGCUCCCCGCAGAAGAUCGGGGCGUUCAUCUUCUUAGUCGUGGGAGUCAUCUUCAUGAUUGGCAGCUUGACGCUCAUCGUCCUCGACUGGGUCCACAACCCCCCAGGCUCCAGCGGCGGUCACUAAGCCCCCUUCUUCCCUCCUCACAUUUACAUUUUAGAGUGCAGCAAACCCUCUCUACCCCUCAUCCCGCCACGCCUCUUCUGGUUUGCCUCAGCUGGUCCAACAUCUGGGGAUAGGGUUUCAUCAGCGGUUCCCUUCCCUUCAUCAAAUUUCAAACAUUGCUCAUAAAACCUCAACAUAUGGACAUAAUGUUCUGCACCGGGUUAAGACAUCUUCAGUUUUUUUUUUUUUCAGUCCCCCCCCCAGAGAAUAUCACUGGAGGGAGACUUGUUUUGUUUCAAUUUUUGUCUUUGUUCUGUCGCUGUAAAGUUCUAAAUGUGACACAACACAAACGAGAGAAUCAAAACCCGAAGAGGGGGAAACUCCGGUUUAACGUGCCACCAAGACAGUCUGAAAUCGCCAUUCUUGUUACCGCCAAUCGUUUCCAGCUAUGAAGAGACAGAACAGAACAAACACAUGCUAUGCAGUCCUCACCUGAAGCAGAUCUGUGAACUGCGAUUAGCAGGGCUGGAAAGACGAUGCAAGUCCCUCAACCCUCUGUGCACUUGAAGGAGACAUUUGGAGGUGGAGUGUGUCUUCCUCCAUGAAACAAGGAGCACUUCUAGCAUUACGUUUCACUUUGUGUGUAGAGCUAACACACACCCACACACAUACACACACAAACAUAGUUAAACUCAUCAAUACCUUUUUUUUCAAGCAACUUUCCAUGGGAAAAUUCCUGAAAUGAAUCAAGCGGUAGGCUCACCUCAAAAGAACGGUUAAUUUGAAACUCCAAUCAUGUAGAACAUUUUGUUCAGGAAUUGUAUUUUGCUGCUCUGCUACAAGUUAACAAUCAGAAGCUUUGCCAAAGUCUACAUGCACAUACAAUUUUAGUCGAUCGGGUUCAUGCUAGAGCUUCCUUGCCGGCUGUUUUCAUCCUGGCUGUGUACACGAAGCAAAGAGAUGCUUUCAGUAUUAUUGUCACAGAGGGAUCUGAACAGUCAAGGUAUCAAUGUACAUAAUUGUGUCUACUGAAAAAAAAAAGAUUGUUUAACAUAAUAUCAUACUUUGAGUUGUAGAAGUUAAAUCAUCAGUUGGAACACACAGUAUAUACACCUGCUGGAAUAAUUUAUUAGACACUUGAUAUAGGGCUGGACAGCUACGUGUAUAAAAGUAUAUGUUGUUUUAAAAACAAUGUUAAAUAUGCAGUUUACAAAAAUACAAUCGGACAAUUCAAAAAUGAAUUCAAUUAAUCCAAUUGAGCCAAAACGUGAACUAGCUCAGUUAAAAUCUGUAUGUAAUAUAUUUUCAACUUGUGCCAUGCAAUCCUCAUCACUGCCGUAUAAAACCCUCAUUCUCCAAAACGUCAUUCAAACAAAUGUAGGGAUGUGUUACUGUGCUAUUCAGCUUAAAAUAAUUGUUAAAAAAUUUGGGAAACGCAUUUAUUAUUAUAUAUUAUAUUAUCGGCAAGUAUGAAGCUAACUUUACAGCCAGCAGAUAAUCAGCUAGGCAUAAAGACUGAAUGUCCAUUUUCAUACAAAUGGCUGCUAAUGAUAUAUAAUGUUUGAACAACUAAGUGUGAGAGGUGCUGGUUGUGGGAUUUUAACUUUGGACCGAGCCAGGCUAGCUAAUCUCCUCCACUUUCAGUCUCCAGUCACUAGCUUCAUUUUUUCAUCUCUCUGCAACAAAUUGUUGUUUUUUUCCCCCAAAAAUUCCAAAAAGUACUUCUUUAAAAAUUGAUGAUAUUUAAACAAUAUCACACACAUCAUGACACUUGUUGUUACAGAGGAGCUACAGUUUUGAUACCUACAUUAACAUGCAGAGGAUGGUACAUUUAAAACUUUUAAUUUCUCACAAAAAUCCUAUUAUUUAUGUCUUUAAAUGGAAAAGACAAAUUAAGGUGUGUUUUGUAGCUAAACACAUGGGCCACUUCUGACUGAGGAAGAUUAAGAUUCAAUUAUUAAUCUUGGUGAAUUGAUUGUCAGGUCAUUAAUAAUAAUCAUUACAAUUGGCUUCUAAUACCGGUGGUAUUCGGUACUUUUGGUGCUCAUCUCACCUCUUCUGCUAUGCCGUUAACGUGUCACGAACACAUCCAGCCAAAGUGGACAGCAUUAAUAGAUCCUUUGCAGAUCUAUGUACGUGAAACAAAUAGAUAUUUCAAAUGAAAUAGUGUAUUAUGUGCAUGUUUUUGGAUAACAAACAUGGUCUUUUUGGACAAUUGUAUAUGCUCUGUAAAUAAUCUUUAUUUUAUGGUACACUGACACACAUUGUCUGUGAUUGGGUUGCUGGGGGAUUCUGCCUUACAAGUCUUCUGCAAUCCAGUGUUUGUUUUAGUAUAUAUAUAUAUAUAUAUAACGUGUAUUAGAUCUUUUUUUUCUCUUGCUGUAUGACAGUAGUUUUUUUCCUUUAUUUGAAGCUUGUAUAUUUGUAGAAAAUUUGGUCUCUAUAUAUCCAUUUUCAUGUUCUAAUGUUAACUUGUCAUGUCAGGAUGAAUUAAUCAACGGCCUACUUCAUAACACGGUUUUCCCAGUCUCAGAAACAACACCUUUCUGUAGCUUAUUGGCACCUGCUGACUGACACUGGGUUAAAAUUAAAGCUACAAGUAAGCAGUGUUGAUUUUGAAUGUGUAUCUCAAAAACAGUGCUGUAACGUUUAAUAGAAGCAAGACGAGAUCCUCUAAAGUAUUUCGUUACCACACUACAGGAAGGUUCUUAAAGGACAGAACACCUUUAUAGUUUGUUAAAGGAGCUCAUGGCUCUUCUGCUAUGUAUCCAUUGGUCAUAUCAUUUAUGCUAUAAGGGACUCAUACACCGAUGCUAACGUUUAGAUGUAUACCUCUUCCACAGGAUGACAAAAUGUACAAGAACCUUCUGUGUUUGUCAGUUCUAAAGCUCUACCAGGACAAUCAUACACAGUUGUAGCUCAUAUCUUACUGUGGCUUAUAAUGUAUCACUGCUGUCAUAGAAAAAACCUUUUCUAACCCACCAAAACCUGGUGAGGAUUUAUUUCCAUGACAUUACUUGAACUGAAGCUUUCCACGGCCUGAUGCUGAAUUCACAAGGUCUCUUCAGUAAUCGCUAUUAAUGUUCGAUACUGGAUUGUUCUCAAUUUGAAAAUGUGGCUCACAAUCUAAAUUUCUUUAUAAAUGUUUGCCGUCAGUGGCUUAAUCUGUUUAUCGGUAGUCAGCGCAACAGCUUUGUCCCUGUCUCAGGUUGGGUUUUGUCUUCAAAUUCUUCAUUUCACCACACCUUUACCCCACUUUAGUAUCUCAGGUAUAUGGUCUGGAUGAUUUUUCUCCUCACUUUUGGAUAACUUCAAAUCUCUUCACCCUUUGCAUGAUUGAGCCAAACUGUACAAUGCUGUUGCAUAUUGUGCUGGCCUAGACGAGGAGUCUUCUUGUGGAUUUGUAAAAGCAGACAAGUUCCCAGCUAAUUUUGACAGUGUUUAGAAAGGAAUUGUGCUGAACCACCUGCCUUAUUUUUGUAUGGACCCUCAGCCGUGGAGAAGCACUUGCUCAAUGUUUCUGCUGUUCACAGUGUCUCUGCUUUCUGUGGAUUAGGCUAAACAUUCAGAUUUGUAAUUUUACCCAGACAAGGGGAUGUUUUUUGUAUCAGUGAUGCUGUUUCAUUAUGAUGAACAAUAAAAAUGUGAAAUGAAAACUU